AGUAAGGAGCGAUGGCCAGGCGGACGAGUCAGAUAACACCACACGAGACAGUCGUCAUACCCAGUGACCUUACCGACAAACAGUUUGAGGAAAUAAAGGAGUCUUUCAAUAAGAUAGACCUGAAUGGAGACGGCCGGUUAUCUAAGAGGGAGUUAAUGAAGGCCGCAGCCAUCCUAGGUAUGAACCCCACGGAAAAAGACGUCAACAAGAUGAUGAAGGACGUCGACAAGGACGGCGAUGGGUUUAUAAGUUUCAAAGAAUACCUCAACAUAAUGAGAGAAAACUACAAGGAGGUAGAUUUAGAACGAGAACGGAUGAAGGCUGCGUUCAGUUAUAUAGACAAAGACAAUGACGGUUAUGUGACACUAAAGGAGCUUAAAGUAGUCCUCUGUCACAAAAACCAGGAUAUCACCGUACAGGAGAUAGAGGAAUUCUUUAAAGAAAUUGACAUAGAUGGGGAUGGAAAGAUCGACUAUGAAGAAUUCAUCGAGUCCGAUUUAUGCAAUAGUGUAUUUUGA